AUGAAUAUCAAAUUGGUAAAUUGCAAGGAUAGCUACAAUAGCAGUCUUUUUUCAGAUGUGUUGAAUCCUCAGCCACAAAAGUCAAAAUUUUGUGCAACUUUUGUUAAGGGAACUAUAUAAUAAUUUGAAAUUCAAUUAAGAGGAGGAGGCUGUGGAUAAUCAAAACCAACUUCAAAAGUUGAAGAAAAGUUAAUUAUUGGUGUACCCAAUGAUUUAUUGAUUAAACUUGAAAAUUAUGUUAGCAUUAUCAAUAAUAAAGCUUCACUUUUAAUUGAUCCCUAACAAAGAAAUGAAGUAAUAAUUGCAUUUUAAUGGUUUAUGUAUAAUAGAGAACAUUUAAAUACUUGUUGCGUUAACCAAAAUUUAACUUAAUCAAUAUAUACAAAAUCUUUGAAUUCUUUUAGGGAAUUGCUAAAAAUUCUUCCCAUAUAUUUAAGAUCUUCAUGGUUUUUAUGUUAUUAAGUUCUUUAAAUUUGUAAUGAUUUUUUGAGAAUUAUAUAUUCAUUUUAAAUACAGAAUGAGGAUCGAAAAAUGGAAUUAACUAUGCAAUAAGAAUUAUUACAAGAUGUAGAGGAAUUUAAAGGGUAAUUGAGCAUUGAAUAAGCAAAUGUAUGGAAUACAGGAAUAGAAUAUGAAAUAACUCUUAUGAAAAUAAUGUUGAUGAAUUGUCAAACCAAUUCAGAAGAAGGAAAAAAUUUAUUAAUAAAUAUUGUUAAAAAUGUAGCUUAGUCAGCUUUGGCAAUGUCACCUACUGAAGACUUAAUCCCAAGUCUUAUUGAAGGAGCUAAAUUUUUAUUUUUACAAUAUAAAGACAAAGUAUUAUAUCCUGAAGAGGUAUAUGCUACUUAUUAUUUAUUCCAAACUCUUAAAUGGACUAUCGUGAGGCAAUUAAAAUCUUAGUACUCAGUCUAUAAUUAAUUGAAAUAACUAAAAGAUGCAUUUUAAUAAUAUAUUCUAAAUUCAGAUAAUUGGAUCAUUCAUUUUAGUUGGAUAUCAAUGAUAAUGGAUAUUUUAGCAUAUAGACCCAUUCUCGAUAAAUUUGAAAUUGUUAAAGGUUCUCCAAUAGAAUAAUAAUCAAUGUGGAAUAAUUUAAUUGAAAAUAACUUAAUUCUUAGUCUUCCAUAGAAUAGAAAUUAAGGGUCUGCAGUGUUAUUUCAAAAUCAAGUAAAAUAUUUUAGCAAAGAAAUAAACAACUUAAUGGAAAAAUAGAGUAUUCCCAAGUUUAAAUUAAUAUCAGAUUCUCUAUUAAAAGGUUAAUUUUCUCAGUAAAUUAACCUUUGGAAUUUCUAUAAAGAUUUUAGCUUUAAAAAUAAGCACGAAAUUACUAUAAAGGAUUAUGAAAUAGUUUUACAAAAUAAUGAUGUAUUAUUUAUAGAAAAUUAGAUGAAUUAGUUCUUCUUUACUAAUAAAUGA